CUUAAAAAUAGGUGGGAUGCCUUAAAAAAAGAAUGGAAAGCUUGGAAGAAACUUAAAGGCGAAGAUACUGGUUUAGGGUGGAAUCCUAUAAAAAGAACCGUUGAUGCAUCUGAUGAAUGGUGGGAGAGUAGGCUCCAGGUUGUGCCUGAAACUAAAAAAUUUAAAACAUUGGGCAUUGAUCCUGAAUACGAAGGGAAGUUGGAUCAAAUGUUCAUGGGGAUAGUUGCAACAGGUGAUAAAGCAUGGGCACCUUCUUCUGGUACACUCCGUAGUGAUUUUUUUGAGGAUGUUAACCACGAAAUACCUGAAGAGAGUGAAGAAGAAAAUAUGAGAAAUGAUGUUCUCAUUUCAAAUGAUGUUCACAUUUCAAAUGAUGUUCAAAUUGAUGGAAACAGUCAAAAAAGAAAAAAUCCUGAGACGUCAAGUUCACAUUUUAAAACUGGAAGAAAGAAAUCCUCAAAGCAAAUUGGAGGGGCUGCAAGAUUGUCCAGUCAAAUAGAAAAACUAUGCAAUGCAGCUGACAAUAUGAGUCAAGCCACAUCUAGUUUGACUCCUGUUAUGGAUCCAUAUGGUAUUCCACAAGCAGUCAAAAUGCUUGACAGCAUGUCAGAAGAAGUUCCAGAAGCUAGUCCUCUAUACUUUUUCGCACUUAGAUUAUUGCUCAAUAAGGACAAAUGAAUUAUGUUUUUAUCAAUUAAUCCCAAGAUUAGAGCUUUGUGGCUUAAGACAAAAAUGGAGGAUAGUUGAAAAUUUUCUGACCUUCUAGGGUUCAAAGAUAUUUAUUUAUGUGUAAUCUUCUACUUAUAAUGGCUUAAGCGAAUUAUGUUUUUAUCAAUAGUUAUUUA